CAACUACGUUAUCAAAUUAUUAUCAUCGCUUCCUGAAAAUUGAUAAAUUAUUUCAAAAAUCAAAAGUUCUGUUGUAUUUCUGUUUCAAAAGAUCUUCGUUCUAAUGUGAUGCAUAAUAAACUUGAAACCUGGAUAUGAAUUAAGUUUCUACGUCGCAUCGUCAAUGUGAUUCUGUUGUCUCAUACAAAUCGUAAUUCGUAUGUAUGGUGUUAUUGUUAUUGACUUCAACUUUAAAACCCUAAGACAUGAACCAAAAACUAAGAAAAAUCUACCCAAAACCAAUCGAACACAUCACAAUACAGAAUCAUGAUCCUGUACGUGAAAAGUCUUCCACCGGAGCACACGAUAAACGAUCCAAAUCUCCACACAAUUGUGAAUUCUGCGGUAAAACGUUCGCUAAUAGGAGUAAUUUAAAAAGACACCAUUUGAACAAGCACAGCGACAAAGUGGGCUCUUUCCCGAACCCGAAUCUGUUCACAUGUGAUAACUGUAAAUGCACGUUUUCCAAUAAAAGCAGUCUAAAAAGGCAUAUUGAGAACCUACACUUGCAAACUAAAAAUCCCAAGAAGAGUAUCAGCUGCGUGCAUUGCGAACAGACGUUCAAUUCUAUCAAAUAUCUCAACGCUCAUCUAAAGAUGGCACACGAUGUUAAAAUUGACGAACAGGAGUUACGGUUUUCUAAUCUGGAUGCAUUUUUCUCGUGGAAGAAGCAGGAAGAAAUUCGUACCAAUACGAGAUUCAUUCAGUUACGUGGUAUGAGAAAACAUCGUAGACAAGGCGAAGAAAUAAUGACUCUGAAAUUCAUUUGCAAUAGAUCUGGUGUUUUUCAUUCGAAAUCCAACGGAAAGAGAGCUUACAGGGUUAAAGGAUCGAGUAAAAUAGGUCGUUACUGUUCGGCUUAUAUCGCAGCCAUGUUCAAAGAAAACGAUUACGUUAAUAGUACUUAUUGUUCUACUCAUUGUGGACACGAUAACGAUCUCAGAUAUUUAAACUUGACGAUGGAUGAUAAACGAGAAAUUUACGAAAAAAUCCAAAAAGGAGCUACCUUUUCAUCAAUUUUGAACGAAAUCCGUAACAACGUCGGUAAGGAAAUCAAACGUAAACAUUUAGUUACCAAUAAAGAUCUUCACAACAUCGUAACAACUUUUAAAAAGACCUCGAAACCGGUUCAAGACAACACGUCUGCUCAUUCGUCACCCAGUGUCCUUCCAGAAAGCUCGAAUGAUUUGUCGAUGGUAAAAAAUGAAAAUAUUUUUCAUAGCGAAUUAGAUCUCUGCGCCGAUUUAUGGGUUGAUACUUGCGAACAAAUUGCGAAUCGUUUCGAUCAGAAUGAAUCUCGCGUCAACGAACCAGCUAAAACUGUCACAGUGCAAAAUAGUUCUUUCGUUACUGAAAAUAUUACGCAGGAUCGUCGUAUUAAAGAACCCUCCGUCAAUGCUGAUUACUCUAGAAUCCUUUACAUAAACCAGCACGACUACUCUGUGAAUAAUUCAUCGAAUACUCCUCGACAAUCUCAUAACUCAACAAAUCACGCACCAGAAGAGCUCAAUAAUUCUACGUAUUCGUCGAGUACGACACAGAUGAAAGAUUUUAGCGGUAUGUCCAAUGAUCUUCGACUUGAUGAUGAUUUUAACCCGAUCGAAGUACUCGAAAUAGAAGAUCAUACGCUUAAUAACACUGAGAUCUCAAUUAAUUCUCACGGCGGUUACGAUAACAGUCGGGUUAACAGAUCUCAAAUAAAUUUAAAAAACAAGUUGCCAUCCAACUCGAACGUAAUCGUGAUUCCUGUACGUGAUACCAAUGAUUCGUAUAGUAUUUACCCUGAUAAAUUACCUUCUGCUUCGAAUUCGGAAUCUAAUCCUCUUUCACAGUCCACCGACGAUGAAGAUCCUUCGAACUACGACCCAAUUUGCGAUAUAACAAUUUCGAGUGACGAAUCAGAAACACCGGCGGAAAAUCAAGAUCAACCCGAAAGAUCGGAUUUACGAGAUAAAGUUAACAGUGUGACAGCUUUAUAUAAUAUUGUUGAGAGUGAAUUGGACGAACGUAAGAAGAAUAUCAUUCGUAAUUACGUUGAUAACAUGUUUAGAGUACUUCAGCACAGAUAUAAUAAAACUAAAACGAGAAAGAAACCAGAAUCGCCGAAAAAGAUUGCGAAUAAAGAAAAGAAACCCAAGACUCAAUUACAAACUACGAAUAAGAAACGAAAAACCAAAGUUCCGGAUCUUAUACCUGCCAAAUUUAGUGUUUCAGAAGAAUACGCGACUGAGGUGGCUGAUACUUCGUACACGGAUCCGUCACAUAUUUCUUUCGGUAGGAAUACUCGUGCAACUGAACAAUCGGAUCCUAAUGCUAUGCGAUGGGAUCGGUUUUGAAAAUUUUAGGCGAAAAGUGUUCAAUUUUUGACUUUAUUUAAAUUACAGAUAGCACCGUUCCGUGAAGAUUAUCGGUUUAUAUUCUGCUGUAGUUUUUUGGUACGUGUUUUUUACUCUGCCAAAGUUUUUGUUUAGAUUUUGAUACCGAACGAGAUGAGUUUUAUGGUCUCGUUGAAUUUAUAAGAUUUUUUUUUCGAAUGAAUGGAUACUUUUUAUUCAAGAAAUUCUAGUAUUAUAAGUAUGUUGGGUUCGAUCCAAUGUUAUGCAUUUUUACGUUCAUUGUACCUAUUCGUGUUACGAAAUUAAAUUGUUCAGUUUUUUAAUA